CUAAACAGAUCGAGCUCUGGGAAAAACGAGGAAAAGAGAGGGAAUAAGGGAAACGGGAAAGGUGAAUCUGUUUCCGAAGGUGGAAAGACAGCAGUGGUGUUUUCCUUGAAGAAUGAAGUUGGUGGAUUGGUGAAGGCUCUCCGACUCUUCCAGGAGAAACAUGUGAGUAUGGUUCAUAUUGAAUCACGAAAAUCGAAGAGAAGGAACUCAGAGGUGGAAAUUUUUGUGGACUGUGACUGCAGUAAGAAAGAAUUUAAUGAACUUAUCCAGCUGCUCAAGUUUCAAACCAAUAUCGUAUCUCUCAAUCCACCAGAAAACAUCUGGACUGAUGAAGAAGAUCUCGACUGUGUCCCUUGGUUCCCCAGGAAGAUAUCUGAACUAGACAAAUGCUCACAGAGAGUUUUGAUGUAUGGAUCUGAGCUGGAUGCAGAUCACCCUGGAUUUAAAGACAAUGUCUAUCGACAGAGAAGGAAGUACUUUGUGGAUGUUGCCAUGAGCUAUAAAUAUGGUCAACCCAUUCCCAGAGUGGAGUACACAGCUGAAGAAAUUAAGACGUGGGGGGUGGUAUUUAGGGAACUCAGUAAACUCUAUCCCACGCAUGCUUGUCGUGAAUAUUUAAAAAACUUUCCUCUGCUGACCAAGUACUGUGGAUACAGAGAGGAUAAUGUGCCUCAGCUGGAAGAUGUUUCUAUUUUUCUCAAGGAAAGGUCUGGCUUCACAGUGAGACCAGUUGCUGGAUACCUAUCUCCCCGAGAUUUUUUAGCGGGCUUAGCAUACAGAGUUUUUCACUGCACUCAGUACAUACGACAUGGCUCGGAUCCUCUUUACACACCAGAACCGGAUACGUGCCAUGAACUCUUGGGACACGUGCCUCUACUUGCUGAUCCCAAGUUUGCACAGUUUUCACAAGAGAUAGGACUUGCUUCACUGGGAGCAUCUGAUGAAGAUGUUCAGAAAUUAGCCACUUGCUAUUUUUUUACGAUUGAAUUUGGCCUUUGCAAGCAAGAAGGACAACUACGUGCUUAUGGGGCAGGACUUCUGUCUUCCAUUGGUGAAUUAAAGGUAUGUGCCCUUAAAGAAGAAUCAGCUUUCUUUUAA